AUGGCAGUUGACCAACUAACUAAGAAGGGAGAUGAAGCUCUUCUCGACAAAGACUACGAUACCGCAAUCUCCUUGUUUAAUAGUGCGCUAGAGGAAAACCCAAAAGCUUUCCAAGCUUUACUAAAGCGUGCGACUGCAUUCCAAAGGUUAAAGAACUUCAACGAAGCCAAGAAGGACCUUACAGAUGCAUUGCAAGUUGCGCUUGAUCGUGGUAAGAGAUCAGAUAUGGGAUUAACGUAUUUCAAACUUGGAAUGGUUCAUUAUGCAGAAAAGAAAGUUGCACUUGCAUUGGAGAAUUUUGAAAAGGCAAAGGAGUAUGAUUGCCAUGAUGCGACUCUUGAGACUUGGUUAGUAAAGGCAAAGUAUGAUGUUGAUAAAUUAAAGAGUAAAGCUGAAGCUUCUAGCGAUAAUACAGCAAGAACUGAAGCUCCUCAAGUACAAGGAAACUCUGCCCCAUCUCAAUUGGAGCCAUCGAGUCACAUUGACACGAUUAAUAAGCAUGCCCCACUCAAGAUUAAAAUCAGAGAUGACUGGUACCAGUCUUCUAAUGACGUGAUAAUAACAAUCUUCGCUAAGAACAUAAGAGAAGAUCAGCUAAAGAUUGACUUUUCUUCUAGUUCUGUCUCGAUAUCUUUCCCAAGUGGAGACAACUCCGAGUAUAACUACAACCUUGACCCAUUGUACGGCAAGAUAGAUCCAAAGGAAAGCAAAUAUAAAGUUUAUGGUACCAAAUUGGAGAUAAGUUUAAGAAAAGAACAGCCAAUUAAGUGGUCAUCUCUUGAACAAUCUGAAUCGGCUGCUACCUUGACUAAUCCUACAAUCAUGCUGCAGGCUAAUUCUGGGUCUGCUGCUUCUGUUUACCCUACCUCUUCUAAGAAAGCUGUGAAUUGGUCCAAUUUUAAGGUUGCAGAAGAUGAAGCUGAAGAUUCAUCAGAAAACGAUUUCUUCGCAAAACUUUACAAGGAUAACGAUGAAGAUACAAGAAGAGCGAUGAUGAAAUCUUAUGUAGAGUCCAAUGGAACGGUUUUGACCACAAAUUGGAGUGAAGCAAAGGAUAAGAAGUUUGAAACAAGUCCUCCCGAGGGAAUGGUUGCAAAGAAAUGGGGAGAGCAAAGUAAGAAUCAAAAGUAA